CAAUGCCCCACCAUAGGAAAAUAGUCGUUUUAUUGUAGCCGACACCACUCAGCAUUUUUACAAUCAGCAACCAGCAACAGUUGCAGCCGGAAAUUCAUUCGAUCGAGUCGACAUGUCAGGAGAUUGCAAAUGCGGGCCUGGAUAUCCGAAUCCGUUAUCGGCGAUGAAGGGGCCGAGGGAGAAACUCCUGUACGUAAUUUGUGUCCAGCCGAACGGCAAAUUGACAAACAAACCCGAUUACCUUGCGACCGUCGAUGUCGACCCUUCGAGCGAUAAUUUCUGCAAGGUCAUAUAUAGAACGAUGUGUAAACACGCUGGAGACGAGCUUCAUCACUUCGGCUGGAACUCUUGCAGCAGCUGUCAUGGCGAUCCAUCAAAAAAACGGAAUAAGCUUAUCCUGCCUUGCCUAAACAGCGAUCGGAUUUACGUUUUGGACACCUCUAACCCAAAGCAACCACAAAUUCACAAAGUAAUUGAGCCGGAAGAAGUGCACAAACACAAUGUUGGGACUCCUCAUACGAGCCACUGCUUGGCAUCGGGUGAAGUGAUGAUAUCGACGAUGGGAGAUCCAAAAGGCGAGCCAAAAGGAGAAUUUCUACUUCUUGAUUCGGAUACGUGGAUGAUCAAAGGGCUUUGGACGAAAGGGGACAAAUUCGCUAAAUUCGGCUACGAUUUCUGGUACCAGCCUUAUUUCGACGUUAUGAUCUCAAGCGAAUGGGCAGCUCCAAAAUCGACAGGAAAAGGAUUCUCAAACGAUGAUAUAAACGACAAGAGUUUAACUGGAAGGUGUUUGAACGUGUUCUCUUGGUCGGAGCAGAAGUUCCUUCAGACGAUAGAUUUGGGAGACGAGGGCAUAACGCCACUCGAAAUUCGAUUCUUGCACAACCCCAAGGAAGCUCAAGGCUAUGUCUGCUGCGCCUUCAGUUCCAAUGUUUUCAGAUUUUUCCAAACUAACGGCACCUGGAAAGCUGAAAAAGUCAUAGACAUACCGAAUAAGAAAGUCAAGGGAUGGGCCAUGCCAGAAAUGCCAGGAAUGAUAACAGAUUUGCUUUUAUCUCUUGACGAUAAAUUUCUUUACAUGAGCAAUUGGUUGCACGGGGACGUCAGACAGUAUGACAUUACAGAUCGGUCCCGACCGAAACUCGUCGGUCAGAUAUUUUUGGGCGGAUCCAUAACAAAAACGGGACCGGUUGAAGUCGUCGAAGACGAAGAGCUGACUGAACAACCUCCGGAAAGGAUAGUGAAAGGGACGAAGGUCUAUGGAGGAGCGCAGAUGCUCCAACUCAGUCUCGACGGGAAAAGGCUCUACGCCACUACUUCUUUGUACUCGGUCUGGGACAGGCAAUUUUACCCUGAUAUGGCAAAGAACGGCUCUUGUUUACUCUUAAUGAACGUUGACACGGACCGAGGCGGAUUGACGUUGGACGAGGGAUUUUUGGUCGACUUCGGGAAAGAGCCCGACGGCCCCGUUCUUGCGCAUGAAUGCAGAUACCCCGGCGGAGACUGUACGUCCGAUAUUUGGCUUGCGGAAGAUUUAGGGUUAAAAGAAUAAGAAACUGUACAUCAACCACCCCGAAUACUGUAAAUUGCAAUUAAUUAAGAUAAUCAAUUUUUUAUUGGCAAAAAUAUAUCAUAUUCAAUAAAAUUAAA